AUGGCUCUGACGAACGUGCUGCUGCUGAGCCAAAUAGCGGGCUACCUGGUGGGGUUCAUACUGUCACUAUGUAUGAUAGUGCCUAUGAGCUUACACCAAGAGGAAUUCAAUGGUCACUGUCUGCUGUUCUCCCAUGGUGAGUGGCAGGAGAAUGGUCAGCUGCUGGUAUCCUGGGCACCAAGAGCUUACUGCGACUAUGUCAUAGUAGUCGGAGUUCUCAUUUUCCUUGUAUGCUGCGUUCAGAUCUACAGGUUGUCUAUGUUCAUGUACAAGGGCAUAGACAGUUCAUUCCUGUCAGCAUUUCUAGAAGCAGUGGGUUGUAUUCUACUCUGUGGCCUGGCAGUAUCUGCUGCUGUGAUGGUUACACUUGGCUUUAUGACAUGGUGUCAGAAUAUUGUUGAGCGGUUCCCAAGUUGUGAAUAUGCAGCUGGUCAGAUCAUAGACAUCAAAGAUAACAUUACAACUAGUGGGUUUUAUAUAGAAAUUGGCUCAGCACAGUUCGGAUCAUGGGCCACAUUUGCGACUUGGGUGGGACUGGCAGUAUUCUCAACAAUCAAGGUGUGUCGGUAUCAUCAACUAGAGAAUAUCCAGGUAUCCAUGUACCGUGAGAGACAGCGACUCGUAAACGAAAGUGGCUCCCCAACAACACAAGAUGGUCGUUCCACACCACCCAUUGACAUAGCUCAAUAG